AUGUCGCAACUUGGUGCCCUGGGAAUAAACCAGAUAUGGCCAAUCACCAAGGGAAAACUCAAAUUCGACAAACAUUAUAUUAUUUACGAUUCUCUCAAUCUUGACGCUAAAGCAUUGAUUGGUGUCUCAGAUACAAAUCAUAUCAUUUUACGUGUUGAAAGAGAUUAUUCUUAUAAUUUUGAAAUUAUUGAUAUUGUAAACAAUAAAAUACAAAAAUUAAACGCUCAAGGUCUAAAAGGAAAAGUCGCAAAACGUCCUGUAGGAGAAACAAAGAUUAAAACAGGUCAUGGUGAUGAUUAUAAAAAGCCUGCGCAGAUAUUUGUUUAUUCAGUAAAAGAUGCGGUUGAUAACCUUAAUGAUCCUUGGGAUAAAGGUCUCUUACUUUUGGAUAAUAUGCGUUUUAUUGGAUCAGAAAAUGAAGAACGAUUGCUAUUUUCUUUCUACAUACAUGGAACUGAUCAGAGGCAAUUUUCUAUAAUGAACCCACACAAUCUUUCAAAUCCUAUAGACGCAAGUAAACUAUUUGGAUCUGGAAUAGAAGAUUAUGUUAGGAAAAAAGCUUAUACUAUUUUUUUUGAUUAUAUUGUAAAAGUUGAAAACGAUCAUUUGUAUAUUGAAAGUUUAGUCGAACAUAAAAAUUGGUCUAACUAUAUAAAGAGUACUGUGCAAGAGGAUAUGCAAGUGUAUGUGCAAGAUCAUGAAUUCGAUUCAUUAUUUAAAAAUAAAUCUUUUGAUAAACUGAUUGACUCUUUUUAUGAAAAGGGAGGUUAUUAUAAAUAUUUGGAAGAUACUCGAAUAGCUGAAUGUUUAGAUAAAACAAAUUUGUUAUAUUUGCAAAUCUAUGGAAAAGAUCUGAUGAAUGCAUUAAUGGAUCCAAAAAAAAGAAAAGAUGAUAUGAAUAAUAAAAUAGUCAAAGAUGAAUCAUCUAAGCCAUUUAUAUUUUCACAUGUUUAUAAAAUUGCAGAUUUAGAUAUAAAAACAGUUGAUGAAAAGCUUAAUGAUCUUGAUGAAAAGCUAAAAAAUCUUGAUAUAAAACUUAAUAAUCUAAUUGUGACACAUUAA